GCCCUGCGGGGAGAGUGGGUGGCCUGGGCCUCAGGGGGCUGCGCUGGAGGAGAGGCCGAGUCGGACCUGCUGUGCUCAGCUUCACAGGCACUUUUGUAAAAAUACAUCAGCUUCUCCUUGUCCAUGCAAAUGCGCUGUUUCUCUCUCGUAAAAAUACACGGAGUGCUUACGCCGUGUUCUGAGAGAAAUGCGACUGUUGCUGUCUGCAAGGAUGGAGACAGAGCCUUAAAAUUAGCUUUCAACAGUUAUGGUACCUUUUUUAUGGAUGGGUAUAGUGAAUAUUCUUUAAUCGCUGUUUUAAGCAUCUGCGAUUUUUUUGCGUGGCAACAAUCUGUAAGUCAUAUAGUAUUUGUAUUAUGACUGGACAUUCCUGUCACUUCUGCACUAUUUGGUUCGAAAAUCUUAAUUGUAUGUUUCUUUUCUUCUUUCUUCCCAUAACUUAAAGUUGAGAGGACAGUGGCUUUUUAAGGAUAAAGCUUUUCUUUCUUGGCGUGUUUCUUUUUUUUUUUUUUUGUUUUGUUUUGUUUUGUUUUUUUUCAAACUAUCCAUAGGGAGAGGGCACUUCUUAGAUCUGUUGAGGAAUUAAAUCAGACUUGUAAGCCAAUCAGGAUAGCCUCAACAGUGAAUUUUAUUUCUGAUAAUCGCUGACAUUUGAACAGUACUGAUUUCAGGUAGUUCCUUGAUUCUUUGUUCUCUGUUGGGCUUUGGUGGCUGUUUGGUGGUGGUAUUGGGUGUUGCUUUGUAUUAGUAAUGAAGUAACUGGGCAGCAUCAGUACAUCAGUGAUUCAUACUGUUUUGUGUGCUGAAACAUGAUCUCAAUGAGUUGAGCUACCUUUGCCCUAAGGAAGAAUAGUUGUUCCCUGAGGAUUUUUGAAAGCAAUUUGCAGUCUUUAGCUUUUGCAAAGACAGUGGGGCUUAUUUUAAAAUUAAUUUAGUUGUGACUGGUUUGUUCCCACGUGCCCCAGUGGUUGCACUCCCAGGGACAACAGAUCCUGAAAUGCUGUGCAGUUGGCACUGUCACUCUUGUCACUUCAGCCACCUGGACAGUGGAAGUUGUCCACUCCUGUGGUAUGUUGCUACAUAUAAGUAAAACCUAGCUGUGAAGUAGGACAACUUUUUAUGUCUGCAGUCCAUGGAAACGGCACUAGCCUGUCUAGUUUGGAAAUAGUACUGGUGCUCUCUGUAGGUGUAGUAUGAUCUUCAGGAAAUAAUAAAGCAGCCUUGAUUAUCUUGGAAUGUUUAUAUGGACUGGAAUGGGAGAUGGUAGAGACCUGUUUAUUGGUUAAUAUGUCUGCAUUUCUGUUUCCUGCAGAAAUCAAACAGCACAAGGGCUCCAUCCCCACCUCCCCAAUUGCUCUGUGCCCCUUACAGCUCUCUCAUCAAGCAAGAGUGUUUUUUCCAACAGUCUGGAGUUCAUCCUUUGCCAAGCCCUGUAGAAAUAACGCUCAGAAUGCAGUGCUGAUAGGAACUAAUUCUGAGAGAGAUGCUCUUUAGGAUUUGUUGAGAAAACAGCUGUGGGUAGAUUGUAUUAGCCUUCACUUUGUGCCUAGCAUUAUUUGAGAAUUUGCACUUAAAAGAAGUAAGCUGUAAGAAGUAGAGUAAUAACCUUCAAGCUAACACUAGUCUAGGAACCUGGACUGGUUCCCUAUGCCCUGAAUUUUGGGCUGCUAUGGAUUUUGUAUGUUAUGAAAAAGAAGACUUAGCCCUAUGGUUCCAGCACUUUUAAGGCCAGUGAAUCUUCUACCUACCCUUGAAUCACAGUCUCUCGUGUACUGAGGCUGGACUUGGAACAUUCUGUGAUUUUGUGGACAUUGUGUAAGAAUGCUCUCAUAGUCUCUGCAGACUGCUCCGUGGUAAACUGUGCUAAGACAGCUACCAGCACCCAAGGUCACUUGCUUAAAUUUUGUUUCUCUUUCCUCCUUUGUUUUUCAUUUUUAUAUUUAUAUUUUCUGCAUCCAAUUUAUAGUUCCAUUUUUUAAUACAGUGAAACUGAUUGAAGUUACAUUUUUUUGUGAUCUGCCAUAUUUCUGAAGGUGAAUGAUAAAUCCAUUUUGGUUUCAAUCAGUUAUUAUCUUGAUACCUGGAAGAUUGGGUAGAAGUGGUAUAUUCUUCUGCUGCUUAUGAUUUGGGAAAUAGCAGACAAAUACAUAUAUAUAGAUUGAGUCCCUAAUUUUUCUCUUUCCUGAUGUUGUUUGCUUAUUUUUUUUUCUUCUCUCAGAGCUACAAUCUUGUUGACCCCCAGUUCAGACUUUCUUCUCUCCCAUUGCUUCAUCUUAUGUAGUAGCUUUUUGCAUUAGCAGUGCAAAGAGCUUUAUCCCCUGAUGGUUGGAAUUUGGUGUACAUUGAAGGUGCUGUUCUCCAUUUGAUGUGAUGAGGAAUUUAUGCUAGCUCCAGUUGUUUUAAACUGCUACUGUGAGCAUUUCCCUGUCCAUUCCUUAAUGUAUGUUGGUUUUUUCCCCCCUUCUGCUACUGCAGUGGCUUACUUAUUGUAGCAGCAGGGAAGUGUCUUCUUGCUGAAGCAUUUACUCUGUUCAGUAUGAGUUUUCCAAGGACAUCUUUGUCUCUUGGUGUAGCUGAAAAAGCUGUUUUUAUAGGAAUGGAAGUGUUACUUGAAUGCUUUUUCUCUGUGGAUCACUGUUCAGCUGCUAUGUUUUCCAUGACUAUACAAAACCAGAAAAGAUGAAAUCUAUAUAUAUGUUUUUUUAGUGCUGAUUCCUUCCUCAAGCAGAGCUUUGCAGAUUUAUUACAGAUGAGAUGCCGACAAGCAGUGACUUGAAACAUGAUUGAGACAGCUGGCCUCACUGUAGUCACUCCCAUGAUUUUAGAGUUGUGCCAGACAAGCCUAGAGACUGUCAUGGACAUGGUUUUGUAGAAAUUCAGUAGAAGUAAUUUUAACUUAGAUUAUCUACUCUAAAUUUGGAAUUGGGAUUCCAAUUAUGAAAGCUUAUCUGUUGCAACUUAAAAACUUCUAAGAGAUUUAGUCAUCUACAUUUAAUUUACUACAUGAACUUUGACUUCCAUACUAAAUAAAGAGAUGGUGCUUCAAGAUUGUUUUCCUGGCUCAUACAAGAAGUUCUUUACAAGUAGUGGAGUGCUUGCAGUUUCUUCUCCUCUUUGUGUUUUGCUGUCCACUAAAUAUACGUUGGUGGAAACUGCUUACCUAUUGCACCCAAAGUAUAAUGCUUUUUGAGGUUGCUGCUCCCUUCAAUCUGCUCAGUAAAAGUAGCUCAUCUUGUAAUGGAGGAGAAAGUUCGAGUCGCAGCGCAGAGAAACGGGCAGCUAAGGAAGAAGCUGAAGACUUCACCACAAAGCCUGCUCCUGCCAAAAUGUCCAAGUUUGGAUUUUCCAUAGGCAGUCAGACAACAAAGAAGGCAUCUGCAAUAUCCAUCAAACUGGGAGCAAAUAAGCCUAAAGAGCCUGUUCCAACCCUGGCUCCAAAAACCCUUUCUGUAGCCGCAGCUUUCAAUGAAGAUGAAGAUAGUGAACCAGAGGAAAUGCCCCCUGAAGCCAAGAUGCGCAUGAAGAACAUCGGAAGGGAUACACCAACCUCAGCAGGACCAAAUUCGUUCAAUAAAGGAAAGCAUGGAUUUUCUGACAACCAGAAGUUAUGGGAACGAAAUAUAAAAUCUCAUCUUGGAAAUGUCCAUGACCAAGAAAAUAACUAAAUGAUGUGGAUUACAAGUUGGGUGUUUUGGGGGGAGGGGAGGGUGUAACAUUAAAGGAACAGUUUCCUUUUUUAAGAAUGGUAUGAGACUAUCUUUGGAGCCACUUUUUUAAGACUUUGAGUGGUACACUAAUAAAUGAGUUUGAAAUUAGAGGUAAUUUAUGUUUUGUAUACAGAUUUCAAGGUAUUUGCUAAUUUUGUAGUUCAUGUGAUUAGCUUCAAAAGGUUACAGAUAAUAAAGAAAUUGGAGUGGUACCUUUUUAAGAUAAUUUUUUGUCAGUGAUUAAAUAAGGUGGAUGAAAAAGGUUACUGUCUCUUUAAUCAGGUUCAGAUUGAAUGCUCUUGCAUUCUCACUUCUGGCUCCCUCUUCAUAACAGGAGAAACAGUUGACUCCUAGGAAUUCUGCUAAAGAGAGUGAGCAUUCUUUUGUGCUAGAAGUGUUACUGGACUAUUGAUUUGAAUAUAAUCUUCAACAGCAAAUAAUAAGAAACUGGAUUUUUUUUUUCUCCCCACAGUCACCUUUUGUUAAGUCUCUGCAAACUAGGAAUUAUGUUGCUCUGAGUGGCUCUGGUAACUUAGCUGAUUUUGUUUAAAACUUCCUGUAGGAUGUGUAAUCUUCAGUGGCCUGUUCUGUCCUAAGGAAAUGGGCCUUGUCUGUAUAUUAGAUACAGUCUGUAAAAAAUAUUCACUACAAAGGUAAAUCAGUAUUUUCAGUGUGCUCCUUUUAAAUAAUUAGCCUUGAGUAGUGCUUGUUAACAUCUUCUAGUGGUACACAAAAGCCACCACCAAAAAUACAAGCUAAUGUACAUUAAGCUUCACCUUUGGUUGAAAUAUUUUUCUUCACUAUGCCUAGAAGGAAUAAAAGCCACACCAAAAAUUGGUAACUCACUGCUUAAGUAUGAAAGAUCGAAGAUGCACUUUCCCUGUCUUGCCAUUUAAGACAAAAUGCCUUGAUGCCUAUGACCUCAGUGGACACUAUCAGGUCAAAGAAUGCUGUGUCUGCAGUCCUGAUGUUUCUGACAAGUGUCAACUUCAGAAAUAAGGCUUGACCUUUUCCUGCCUGUCUUCCUUUUGCAGUGAUUUUCAGCAGUGACAUGAAUCUGGUCAGUUUAUUUCUUAGCUUCCAUACUGCAGGAGAGUGCUGAAGGAUUUCCGUGCUAGUAAUAGCCAUCUAAAUUUCUGUCUGAUUUAGAUUGUGUACUUGUAAAUCAUUUUGCUUACAGAAAUGGCUAAAUAGAACAUUAUCAAUAGCAACACCACCACCUCCCCUACCCCAAACAAUCAGAAGUUUCUUUUUAAACUCAAAUACCUGAUAGUGUCAACCACUAAAUUAAUUUCAGCUGGGAAAUGGUUGUAGCAUUCAGUAUAUUAAUUGCUUUCAUCCUGCCUCUCAAACUGUAGUACAAAAGUUGAACUUGCAAGUGCAGAAAGGAAAGUGCAUCUUGAAAUGUAUUUUUUUUAUUAUUAUUUUAGGAAAGCUUUGACCACAUAGACUUUUGAGUUUGUAAGUUCUAAAAAUAUUUUUUUGUAUUUUUGUAUUGUAUGUGUAAUCUUUUUUCUUUUGAAGUCUGAUGCAGUUGAAUACCUGUAACUGUUUUCUUUUAAAAGCCUUGUUAUAAACUUAACAUAAAAAUGUA